CUUGAGAACUUGAGGACUUUCCUUUGAGUGCUGAGUGAAAAUUUUGGGAUUCACCGCCCAUCUGGCGAGGAGGGCGCAAAAGGGUGCCGGAGAGGAAAGGUUCGCCGAACAAUGAAUUGAGGACUGUUGUUUCCCAAGGUGUUUCCGACAAAUUGCCCAGAAUUUGUGCCCCAUCAUCGACCGAUUUGUCCGCGAGAGAAGAGAGUGAGGAAAAAGAGACCUGCACCCCUGACUCAAGGCGGAAAGGCUCCCGGAAAGAGGUCUCCAUCGAGACACACACACACCACGCGAGCGAGAGCGAGAGGAGCUUGCGUGGAGAGUUCACUGGAGGAGCGAGACAGCCAUAGAGAGUUGGUGCUUUUGGGAGCAAAGUUGAACUUUUCUUCGGGUGCGGCCAUUACAGUGCAGACAGUCGUGUGAAAAGUGUCGAACACGGAAAAUUUUCAUCCAUCCAGCAGUCUCUCAAUUAAGCCACAAGUCCCACGCUCCUGCUCCAGCCCGGAGACAGCAGAUUGCUGCCCGCAUUGAUCCCAAGGCGAUUGUCUCAGUGGCAGAGCGGUGAUCAGACAGUUGUCCAGUGCGGUGAUACUUGAGUGACUCUCUCUCGCUCUCUUCGAUUGUCCGCUGGUGAGUUGCAGGAGCCGCGAAUGGAGGAGGCCAACGGGGUGACGAACGGAGUGGCGCCGGCGGAGGGCGGGCCGGGGGCCGAGGUGGCGGAAGCCGGGCCGCCCAGCAUGGUGGGCAUCGGGCCGCCGAGCCCCCUCACGGGCUGCUAUCUACUCAUUGUGAUCGGAGAGCCUUAUUCCCAGGAGCAUAAGGACAUCAUUAUACAGAGACUUGUGAAAGGAUUCCUAUCUUGGGACGUGUCAGACUGUCAUGUUGAUUUGGAGGAGGAGUUGAAUACGAUUACCCUUCAUGCGCCAGAGGGUGAAGAAGCUCGUCAUGGUGAACGAUUGAUACAGUAUGCUAGUGAGAAUUUAGUUACGGAAAUUCUGAUUCAUCCUCAAUACAAUACAUUGAUUCAAUGUAUGAGAAAUCUGUUGAGCAGCUUCACUCGUCACAGACACAUCAUUCACGCUGGCUACACGUUUUCUGGCAAUGGAUCUUGGAUUUUGCAGGACGGAACGUUCUCCGUGUCGGAUUUCUCUGAAGCCUUCCAGGAGCACGAAGUGCAGCGCGUCCUACGCGCAUAUCCAGACACCAUCACCAUGGACAUUCACUGUGCUGCUGCUGGUCUCUGGACAUCCUUGCCGGAGAAGUCAUACGCAAAGUUGUGCAAGAUUCGCAUAAAUCCUGUGGAUGUCCUCAAUUCUGGAAGUGAAAAGAUUAAUGCAUUUAUCGACUACUUGGCGCCCAUGGUGAGCCCGGCGGGUCUUCAUGAGCUGCUGGAGACGUCAGAUGUCGUCGGAAACAUCCGCUUCAGUCAUCCAACUCUGUAUGUCUUCCCCGGGGGACAAGGCGAUGCGGCUCUCUUCGGCAUCAACGGAUUCAACAUGUUGGUCGACGGAGGAUUCAACAGGAAGGCGUGCUUCUGGGACUUCGCCAGACACCUGGAUCGCCUGGACGCCGUGCUGAUGACGCGUCUCAAUAACUGCAACAUCAACGGCAUCAGUGCUGUGGCUGAGCGCAAGCAGCACGGCCAGGUGUAUCCGCAGAUUGGCCACUUCUUCUGCAACAUCCCAGAGCGCAAGAACGCCCUCAGCCCCGACGGUGAUAAAGACCGCGAUCCCCUCCUCAUUGACCUCAACGAGAAGGGUCACCAGCUCGUGGCGAACCUCCGCGGCAUCAAUCUGAAGCCGCAGGUGUGCUACCGCGACACCGAGCCGAUCAAUCUGUACCACAAAGUGGGACACGGGACUCUCGAUAUGUAUGUGAUAAGCCCAUCUCGAGAUGCCAAAGAGGUGAAGGAGUUCCUGCACAAGUGGGCGGCCGGCGACUCGAGUCUCUUCAUGUCGCGCGACGCCAAGGAGUUCAGCUUCCCCAUUCAGAAUCUCGUCUCCAUCUGCGCCCUGCUCGUGUGGCAGCCCGCCAGUCCCGAGGACACCAUCACGCGCAUCCUCUUCCCCGGCAGCACGCCAGACUACAAGAUCACAGAGGGCCUGGACAAGAUCAAGCACCUGGAGUUCAUGAAGCAUCCCGUGUGCAGUGCCAAGACCAUUGCGCCCAGCUUGACGGAAUCCGCGUACGCGAAGAAAGCACUGAAAGCCGGCGGGCCGCAGAUGGACAGUGCCAAGAUCCUGCAGGACGCCAUUCUGCCGUCCAAGGCGGCCAUCAGGGCGCCCUCGGAGAAGGACAAUCGCGCCAUGGACAACAAACUCAAGUCAGCACAGGCGGACAAUAAGGCGAAGGAGAACAAACUCAACGGACAGAUGGAGAGCUCCACGGAGGACCUGAAGAUCGAGAAGCAGGCCAAGGCGACACCCUCGAAGCCCGCAGCGAUCAAGCCGAAGCCCAAGCUGGUGGAGAAGAAGAGCGAUGCCGAUGCGAAGUCCGACGAUGAGAGGAAGGACGGCGAAGUGCCCAAGAGUGUGGAGGAUGAGAAGAAAGCGGACGAAAUGACAGAGACAGAGUCCAGCAAGGACACCGACGGCGAGUCCAAAACCAAAUCCAAGGGUGAGGCUAAAGCCAGAGCGAAAGUUGAUACCAAAGCUCCCGUGAGGUCUCGCAUCGAUUCCCGGCCGCCGAAGUCUAUGGCCGCGAAGAAGGAUGUUAUGGAGAAGAGAGAUGCCUCCACCACCAAAUCCUCACCCACGUCAACGCCCAAGAAGACGGCUGACGCGAAGAUCGUCAACGGCACGGCGACCAAGGCGGAAGUGAAGGAGGUGAAAGCCAAGGUUGUGUCGCGCACGCUGCGCUCCAGUCCAGGAAGCACUCCUGCCAAGAGUGCCAAGGAGGCGAACAAUCGCAAGGUGCUGGAGUCCAAGAAAACUGCUGCUCCGGCCGCCAAGGCGACGGCAAAGCCAUCCGAGAAGAAGGAGCCCGUCAAGGUGGAGCGCAAGCCCAUCUCUCGACGCCCGAAGGGCGAAUCUCCGCCGAGAAGAGUGGGUCCCGGAAGCCCAAUAAAGUCACGCAUCCUGGGCAAAGUUGAUCGGGACGCCAAGCUGAGGAAGGCGAAGAUCGACAAGGGCGGCACUACAGACUCCAGCCUUGUGUCCACUCCGAGUGCCGAUGACGCCGCCAAGAAGGCCAUCGUGGAGGUGGCAGAGAAGGAGAUUGAUCCGGAGAAGCAGAGGGAGCUGGAUGAGAUGAAGGAGGAGCAGGAGGCUGUUCGUGAGAUUGAAGCUGUCUUCAAGCGAGACCAGGAGAAGGCCAGGCAGAAGCAGAUCCUUGCUGAACAUCGGGACUUGGCUGCUGAUAUCUCGAAGCAGGACAGCACCACAGAGGCUGAGGAGGAGGAAGAGUACUUGAUCAUUGAGAAGGAGGAGGUUGAGCAGUACACAGAGGAUUCAAUCAAUGAGCCAGAGAGCAGCAUGACGAAGGAGGAGGAGAUUCAGAAGUAUCAGCGCGACUCUGAGGAGUCGGAGAAGAAGCGCAAAGCCAGUCACGAGACAGAAGCGAAGGAAGCAGAGGAUAAACCCAAAGUAGUCCAGAUCAUUGAGGGCGCCGCCACAAUUGAGAUUGAAAAGUCAGACGCUGAGGUUGAGGAGAAGUCAGAGAUGAAGGAGAAACUUGAGGAGGAAGUGCAGGAUAUUAUCUCAUCUGCUAAGGAGAUUGCCAAGACCAAAGCAGACAUCAAGGAGGGCGAAUUAGCGCCGAAGACCGAAGAGAUUUCCACUCCGAGUCCCGAAGAUAAGCUGAGCAGCACUAAGAAGACCACAGAUACCAAAGAUGAGGGCGAUAUGGAUGGAGAACAGCCGGGUGUAGUCAAAGAUGCCGCCAAGGAGCUCCCUGAGAGUCAGCCUGAUGAGAAGAUCUCCGCCACAAUUGAGUCCGGAGCCACAACUGCUCCCACUUUGCCAGAAGAUGAGCGAAUUCCACUGGACGAGAUCAAGGAGGAUCUCGUGAUUGAGGAGAAGUACGUGAAGGAGGAUACCAAGGAGAUAGAGCUGCCUGACAGCGCCACCGCGGUGGCUGCAGCUCCCACAACAGCCGCCUCGUCACCGCCCAAAGCGUCUGAGCCGAUGAUGGAGCGCGCGGUGCCACAGAGAAUGCAGUUCCCGGCGCACCAGACACCCAUCAGGGACAUCAUCAAGACGCCCGACGAGGUGGCGGAUCUGCCGGUGCACGAGGAAGUGGAUUACGUCUCGUACGACACCGUUUCUGCUCCGGAGAGCAAAGAUGCUGUGAUUGCUGAUGCAAAGAGCAAAGUUGAGACUGACGUAGAUAGGAAAGAACUUGAUAAGACUAAAGAGAUGGAGGAACUAAAGACUGUGACAGAAGUGACCGACAAAGAACCUGCCAAGGAGAUCGCAGAGGAGGAAGUUAAGGUGGAGAAGACACCGUCGCCGCCCGCUGUUGAGGAUACUGAUAUUAAGGAGUCUCUAGUCAAGGAAACAGAAGAGAUUGGUGAGGCAGUGCAGGAGAAAAUUGGGGAAAUUGUGGCACAAGCAGUUGAAGAAAUUGAGGAAGUUAAGGAGCAGAUUGAAGAAAAAGGCAAGGAAGUACUGGAAGAGAAAGAACAGGAAGCUACCAAAGCUAUUGAUGAAGUGGCUGAAAAAGUAUCAGACAAACUGGAGACAAUUUCGAAGGAAAUCGAUGAGAAAUUCAUGGAAACCGCUGAGAAAGUUGAUUCAAAGAUCGCAGAAAUCACUCAAGAAGUACAGGAAAUUGAGGAGAAGGCCAAAUCUGAAGUUCCAUCCUUGCUGGGUGACAUUGCAGAUAGCAUCAAGGCUGAUGCUGAUAAAAUUGGAGACAAGAUUGAGGACUUGAUGAUUGGGCAGAAAGUCGAAGAGGCGGCGUCACUUCCGUACGAAAUCAAGGGAUUCACCACAGAACUCAGAGAGACUCAUAUCACCACUUUGGACUCACCAGUCAAGGAGCCAGAGAGAAUUCUGGGAGCUGGCGUGGAAAUCCUCGAGAAGCUUCCUGAGCAUGUGGACGAGGAGAAGGAAACUUCUCCUCAGCGUGGAACCAUGUCUUCCUUCCAGAUUGAGGACAUCAAGUACACGGUAUUUGAGCGUGAAGACUCAAAUCUCAACGAUAUCAAGGAGGAAGAUGAGGAUGAGCGAGAAUCUCCGCCAAGGAAAACUCCAGAAAUGAAGGAUUCUGUUCCGACAAUUGUCGCUGACAAAGAUCCAGAGCCACAAAUGUCCACAAAAACUCCCGAUCUGAUAGAGACUCAAACUUCGCAGGAUUUGAAAGAGCCCAAGAGAUCUGUCUCGCCAAGAACACCCGAAGAAGUGGCAAAGAUCGUGGCGAAUGUUGCUGAAGUGCUGAAGUCUGACAAAGACCUCGAGGAGAUCAUCCCUGACUUCGAUCCUGAGGAGCUGGAGAGGAAGCUGUCACGCGAGAGUGCUCGCAGUGACGCUGAAGGUGCCGCAGUGCAGAGAAUGCUGGUCACCGCGAGUAGCGAAGAUGGUGGAGAAGAGAUUGAAAUUUGUCCUGAAGGCAGCAUCACAUUCACGCCAGAAAUCGCUUCGGGAAAAGCAUCUCCGGAUGUCCCCAAGGACUCGAAGGAGACACCAAAAUCAGCCGAAGAGAAACCCAAACCGAGCGUAGAUGAGAAACACGACUUGAGUCUGGACAUGGAUUCUCAAAAAUCCUCCUCCACUAGUAUUAAAUCCAUCCCAAGUGAGUCGAAGCCAGAGUCAGGGAAGUCUUCUCCGGACAUCAAGACCUCUCCGAUUUCCAUUGAAGAGAAGGACAAGCACGAGCUUUCGGAGAAGGUGCAGCAGAAGGCGGAGGAGAGCCCUAAAGCUCUUCCAUCGCCCGCCAAGAGUGCCGCAGAGCAGGCCAAAGUGGAGGAAGCCACAGCUUCUCGUCGAGAAUCAGCUCUGAGUCUCUUGAGUGAGAAAGAUAUCACCAAGGAUGAGACAUCCUUGGGAAUAAGUGCGAAAGACUCUCCCAGAUCUCAUUCAGCUGCCAGUCACGCGAGCGUGAAAUCCAUCGAGGAACUUGAGCAGGAUCACGAGCAGUCUGAAGAGAAGACAGAAGUUGAUGAGAAGAAAUCAUCUGACAAGGAGAUUUCUCGCCCAGAAUCUGCUCAGAGUGCUAAGGAAACAGCGUUAGUCGCCUCAAAGGAGCCUUCACGGCCAGAAUCAACAGGUAGCGAGAAGGAAAAUGAAGCUUUAAGCGUCUCAAAGGAGCCUUCCCGCCCAGAAUCUGCUCAGAGUGCAAAAGAACCAGAAUUGAUGGCUUCAAAGGAGCCAUCGCGGCCUGAAUCUGCAGAUAUUGGAAAGGAAUCCGCAGAAAAAGAAGCUUCAAGACCAGCAUCUGUUGUUAGCGAGAAGGAAAAGGAGACUCUCAGUGUCUCCAAGGAGCCUUCUCGCCCAGAAUCUGCUCAGAGUGCAAAGGAAACAGAUUUAGUCGCCUCAAAGGAACCUUCACGGCCAGAAUCUGCAGACGUUGGCAAGGAAUCCGCAGAAAAAGAAGUUUCAAGACCAGCAUCUGUUGUUAGCGAGAAGGAAAAGGAAGCUUUAAGCGUCUCCAAGGAAGCUUCUCGCCCAGAAUCUGCUCAGAGUGCAAAAGAACCAGAAUUGAUGGCCUCAAAGGAGCCAUCGCGGCCUGAAUCAACAGGUAGUGAGAAGGAAAAGGAAGCUCUAAGUGUCUCCAAGGAGCCUUCUCGUCCAGAAUCUUCUGCUAGUGAGAAGAAGGAAGACACCAAGGAUGCCACUCCAUCGCCACACGCAGAAGCCUCAAGACCAGAAUCUUCCGCCAGCGAUAAGAAAGAGGAAGUGAAAGCGGCAACUCCUUCGCCAACACCACCCAAAGAAGCCUCUCGGCCGGAAUCCGUGGCAAAGGACAAAGCUGACUCCAAAGCUCCAGUGUCCAAGGAGCCAUCAAGACCAGAAUCUGUGUCUAGUCAUGUGAGUGAUGAAAAACUCCCCAAGGAAUCAUCGCGUCCGGAAUCUGUGACUUGCGACAAGGAUCUAAAGCCAUCUUCCAAAGAGGCCUCAAGACCAGAAUCGACGACUGGAGAUAAGGAAGAAGUCACACUUAAAGCUCCAUUCCGACCAGAAUCGUCGGCUAGUGUGAAAUCUGAGAAACAGGAGGAACUCAAGGGAUCUCCUGCUGCUGCGACAUCUCGGCCAGAAUCAUCCACCAGUGUUGCUAGUGAUAAAGAAGUUGUCGUGAAGUCUGAAGAAGGUACCAAAGCAGCUUCAAAGGAACCUUCCAGGCCAGAAUCGGUUGCCAGUGCAAAGGAAGAAGUCAAAGAAGUUGCUAAAGAGUCUCCGAAGGAAGUGUCUAGGCCAGAAUCGGUUGCCAGUGUCAAGGAGGAGAGCCCUAAACCUGAAGCAGCUUCAAAGGAACCUUCAAGGCCUGAAUCUGCGGCGAGUGGAAAGGAUUCAGCGCUUAAAGUUGAAUCCAAGGAAGCUUCCCGGCCAGCUUCAUCCGCCAGUGCAAAGGAAGAAGUUGCUAAAGAGUCUCCGAAGGAAGUUUCCAGGCCAGAGUCUGUCGCUAGUGUCAAGGAGGAUGCUUCCAAAGUUACUGAAGAAGUUAAGGAGGCGACUAAAGAUGCUUCAAGACCAGAAUCUGUCGCCAGUGCAAAGGAAGAAACUUCUAAAGUUGAGAAAGAUCUUUCCAAGGAGUCACCCAAAGAACUCUCAAGACCAGAAUCGGUAGCCAGCGCGAAAGACGAGCCUGCCGUGGCCAGUAAAGAUGUUAAGGAUUCACCAAAAGAAACUUCUCGGCCAGAAUCAUCCGCCAGUGUUGCUAGUGAUAAAGAGGUUGUCGUAAAGUCUGAAGAGGGCACUAAAGCAGCUUCUAAAGAACCUUCCAGGCCAGAAUCAGUUGCCAGUGCAAAGGAGGAAGUUGCUAAAGAGUCUCCGAAGGAACUUUCUAGACCAGAAUCAGUUGCCAGUGCAAAGGAAGAAGUCAAAGAAGUUGCUAAAGAGUCUCCGAAGGAACUUUCCAGGCCAGAAUCAGUUGCUAGUGCAAAGGAGGAGAGUCCUAAACCUGAAGCAGCUUCAAAGGAACCUUCAAGGCCUGAAUCCGCAGCCAGUGGAAAGGAUUCAGCGCUUAAAGUUGAAUCCAAGGAAGCUUCUCGACCAGCUUCUUCCGCCAGUGCAAAAGAAGAAGUUGCUAAAGAGUCUCCGAAAGAAGUUUCCAGGCCAGAAUCGGUUGUCAGUGUGAAAGAUGAGUCUCUUCAGGUUCAGAAAGAGGCCAAAGAUGUGAGCAAGGAAUCACCCAAAGAGCUCUCAAGACCAGAAUCCGCAGCCAGUGUGAAAGACGAGCCCUCUGAGGUCAAAGCAGAAGUCAAAGAAGCCUCCCGGGCUGACUCAAUUGUCAGCGCUAAAGAGGAAAUCACAACAAUUACUAAAGAGAUUGAGAAAGAAGUUGCUAAAGAAUCGCCGAAGGAAAUGUCAAGGCCAGAAUCUGUGGCAGAAACUUCGAAAGUUGAGACAGAAUCUCCCAAAGAGAUUACCAGAACACAAUCUCCAGCCAGCGAUGGCGUGAAGGAAGCUCCGAAAGAAGUGUCUAGACCUGAAUCCGCUGCAAGUGUCGCUUCCAAACAGGAAGAGGACCAGAAAGUGCCCUCCAAGGAAUCAUCAAGACCCGCCUCGACUGUUGGUGACAAAGAUGCCGUUAAAGAAGAAUCGCCCAAGGAAUUAUCCAGGCCAGAAUCGGCGUCUGGAGAAAAGCAGGAGAGUGAAUUGAAAGUUCCUUCUAAAGAACCUUCAAGGCCAGAGUCUGCACAGGAGAAGGAAGCGUCUCGACCGGAAUCUGCAGUCAGUCAUGUGAGUGAGAAGGAGACAGAGUUGAAAGUGAAGGAGUCAGAAGUUUCCAAGGAAUCCUCGAGACCUGCUUCUGUGGCGAGUCAUGUCAGUGAAAAGGAGGAACCCGCUAAAGCUGACUCACCGCAGAAAGACAUCCCAAAGGCAGAAUCCAAAGAAGCAUCACGCCCAGAGUCGAGAAUGAGUGAGAAAGACGCACAAGAGGGAAAGAAGGAGUCUCCGGAGAUUCCUGAGUCAUCGCCAAAAGAAGCCAUUCACUCAGAACCCAAAGACUUGCCCAAGGAGAAGACUCCAGAAGCAACUUCCAAGGAAUCCUCACGCCCAGAAUCCGCCACUGGCAAGGAGGACGAAGGUAAGACACUAACUCCACCCUCAAAGGGAACUUCCAGGCCAGAAUCCGCCGCCAGUGUGAAGGACGAAGCCCAAAAAUCCCCAGAGAUCACCAAAACUCCAGAACCGGUCAGUGUUCCCACAUCAUCCCAAGGUCCAGACGUUGCAGAAGCACAAGUGGAAUCAUCUUCUCGUCCAGAAUCAAUUGCCAGAGAUGAUGAACAACUGAAGCCAUCCUCGGAGACAUCUCCACGUCCACAAUCAGUUACAUCCGUUGGCGAGAAGCCAGUGGAAACGUCUCAGGAAAUCAGAGAAUCGCCAGCAGCCAGUGACACUCAAGGAAAGCCUCUUUUGGCUGAUGUCAAGGCAGACACAUCGCGUCCAGCAUCAUCCGCCAGUCAGGAUGGCGAGAAGGGAAAGAAGACACCAAGUGUGGAGAGUUCACGCCCAGAAUCACAGCAGAGCCAUCAUGAUUCGCCGCCGGUGAGGGAGGGAUAUAUUCCCACGCCGGCGCCCAAGAAACUGGAGACAUCUCGUCCAGGAUCUGCUCUCAGUGACGUCGAUGAGAAGUACCCGAGAGAGAUGUCCAUCUCGCCACGUCCAGACUCCGUGGCCAGUCACGCCAGUGACAAAUCCCCGGGUCCGCAGACACGAUCACGCUCCUCGUCGGUGGCCAGUGAUCGCGACGAGGACGAGAAGACGCUGCUCAAGGAGAUCCGCUCGAAGUCCGUCAGCUCCAUCAUGGUCACCAGCAUGUACGGAUCAACGUGCGAUUCCAGACCACUCUCGGCCCUGGAUGAGGUGGUUGAGUACACCAAGGAUGACGCUGAGACGCUCUCGAAGGUCAUCAAUGAGCAGCGACCAUCCAGUGGAUGCGACAGCUUCACAGACAAAGCGCCUCCGGAGCCCGAGAGGAAGAUGUCCAUCUCGCCUGAGAACGAAGUGUGCGGGAAAUUGUCACCUGAACUCAGCACGAGUGGAAAGUCCUCGCCAUUGUCGUCGUCUGAGAAGAAGUCCGAAGAGAAGUCCGUUGUGGACAAAUUGGCGGAGAGCUUGAAGGGUGAAGUGCAGGAGAUUUCCUCUCAGGUGGAGAAAGUGGUUGAAACAGUGACGGAGAAAGUGAUGGAAAAGGUGUCAACGAAAAUAGAGAUUGCCUCGUCAUCCACGAAGGAUGUUCCGGACGAUCUGCAGCUGAAGGAGGAUAAGAAGACACCACCAACAGCUCCUGUGAGUCCCGGAGUCAAGGCCACUCCAUCGACUGACGCUUCGGCAAUCUCCACUCCCAAAGAUGUGUCCGCAAAGUCCAGUCCGGGCGCUUCGGGUGGAAUGACGAGCUCUGAAAGCGCCUCAAAGUCCAUGGCCAUUGGAUCAGUUGGUGAAGCCUCCAAGGAAUCACCUCAGCCGACAGAACCCUUCCCCAAGAUCACCCCUGAGGAAGCCACACAGACCGUGGUCACCACAGUCACUUCCAGCACUGUUGCCACGGAAUCGAAGGUUGUCGAGGAGAAGGAGAGCAGAAGUGGAUCAACCACCAUCGUCACGACCAGUGUGCUGACGCUGGAGAAGCCAAUGCCACCGGAGGCAGAGCCCACUGUGGAUGACAAGCUGGUGAGCGAUGAGGAAGUGGCCAGCUCUCCACUGAGCGCCACCUCGCACGCCUCCAAGUUCACCUAUGACUACGAUCUGCAGAGAUCCAGCUCGGGCGUGAGCAAGCGCUCGGAAUUCGACUUGGACGAGAGCCAAGACGACAUUCCGCCUCAGUACGGAAGUGAGGAAGUCAAGUCUGCCAUUCCUGUCUCGGCCACAUACCGGCCAGAUCCCAUGAGCGCCUCCGUUUACGGUGCACUCCCGGAAGAGACGAAGAUGACCACAGAGACGAUUGUGACCAGCAAGAUUACACUUGAGUCUGUCGAGAGCAAGAAGUCAGCGGAUCACAAGUUCCUCGAUGAGGCUGACUUAGACUUUGAGAAGGCCAUGGAGGAGACAAGACAAGUGCGAGGCCCAGAAGUGAUGUCCAGCAUCACGUCCAAGUAUGAGUUCUCGCCCUCGAAGCAGUCCACUGUCCAGGAGGAGGCCACCUUCCACCUCGAGGACAUCCAGAAGAGCACGAAACACCAAGUGACAGAGACAGCAUCCUCCUCCACUGUCACCACAACCACAACCACUGUGGAGACGCAGAAGGAGAAGGAGGACCUUCUGGCGUCCUGGGGAAAGCCUCUGGGAUUGCCGUCGCCCGCUCCGAUGGCGGCGGAGAAUGAGAUGAAGACCACGCCGAAGAAGGAGCGCAAACUAAUCAUCAGCAAGACAAAGAUGAACAACGAAAAGAACCUGCGGAAGCGAUCUGAGUCGCCCAUCAAGGGCAAGAAGAGCACCAGUCCAGUCUACAUUGAUCUCACUUACGUGCCGCACCACGGGAACUCCUACUACGCCCACGUGGAGUUCUUCAAGCGCGUCAGGGCGCGCUACUACGUCUUCUCCGGCACAGAGCCCAGCCGGGAUGUCUACAAUGCUCUCCUGGAGGCGAAGCAAACCUGGGAGAAUAAGGAUUUAGAAGUCACCAUCAUUCCCACAUACGACACGGACGUCCUCGGCUAUUGGGUGUCUGAGAAUGAGGAUCUCCUGGCCAAGUACCAUAUCGACCUGUCUCCGUCGGCGUCGCGCUGCACAAUCAAUCUGCAGGAUCACGAGACCUCGUGUUCGGCCUAUCGCCUGGAGUUCUAGGCUACGGGGAUGUUUGUAGCCUUUUCGUCGCGCAUGGAUCCGAAGCACUCCAACUAGGAGUGCUCCGGAAGAGAAGAGAUGGAAGAUCAGAUUAUUAAGACUCUCAAUUUGAUUAUUUGUAAUAUGUUUAAUGAGCAAUUUUCCCAAUUGGCAACACGUGAAAGUUUAUACAGCAGAGGGACAAAAUAUAUAUAUAUAUAUAUUGGAAAUUUGAUGAUAAAUUGGAUUUCUGUCUUGUUUAACCAUAGAAAAGCGAUUAAUUGAAUUUUAUGAAAAUAUAUUAACGCACUUAUAGUGAAGAAAAUAUGUGCCUCACGUUCACAAUUGGGUUUGUUACUUUUUCAAUCAUUCUCAAGAGACAAACAAAGAACAAAAAUGGAAUGAUGCUUUGAAGCAGGAAAAAAAGGGUAGAAAAACCAAAGAAAUUGAAAUUUGAAAAAUCAAAAAACUUCAUGUUAAAUUUAUUUUUGAGAAUUCUCAGAGAAAGGAGAAAGGUGUUUUAUGAAAGAGUGGUUAAGAAUUAUAUCCAUGUUGAAGAUGCUACAAUAAGUGAAAGAGGAAGAAGAAGAACAAAAAAAAUCACUGUUAAGACGUUAUUCUGAGCGUGAAAUGAAAGAACAUCGAGAAACAUCAAAUAGCUUGCUAAACAAAUCCUGAUAAGAGCUUAUUUAAAACAAAAAAAAAACGAUGAAGAAGAAUAAAAUACCUAAAAAACACUUUAAUAUUUCAUGCCAAAGAGAGAGAAAAAAUUCUUAAAUCCACACAUUUUUUUCACCCAAAAUAGAUUUUAAAUAAGAAUUCAAAUGAGUUCAAAUAUUUCACAAUAGAUUUUCUUCAUACAACAACAACAAAGAAAAAAUAAUAAUAACUUUCAGGACAAAUGUGUGGUUUGAUAGAAAUAAAUUCGUGGUAUAUUAAAUAAACAAUCUCCAGAGAGUUGUUGAAGAUUAAUAAGAAAUUGAGUGAAUAAUUUUUAGCUGACUAUUAAAUGAAGAAUUGAUGAAUAACACUCACACCACUAUUAUAUCAAAUUUGAUGUUAUAGAACUUAGAUGAAAUAUUUCAAACUUUUCAAACAACCCUAAAUAAAGAAAGAAAAAAAAACAAGUUAUAUUAAACAAAUAUUAAAAAAAAAAAUACAAUUCAUAGGUGACAAGAAAACAAAUUGAUUGGAAGGAAUUAAUAGAAGAAAUGAGUCAAGGAAAUCGGAGCAGCAAGUCAGUACCUAUAAUUAGUGAUUAAAGUAAAAAAAAAAAGUAAAUGAAAAAUGACUAAAAAAGAAUUUAAUAGUAAAAUGAUGAAAAAUCUUUCCUCAAACUCAAAAAUAGAUUGACAAAUGUAUUAAACUUAGCAAAAAGAAAGUCUUUAACUCAGUCAUUUUUUGCCAAAAGACAGACGAAAGAAAAUACAGAAAUUUUCAAUGAUUAAACAGAAAUAUCAAGGAAAAGCACACAUAAGAUAUAAGUUUAAAACACCACUCAAAACACUCAUUAAUCAUAGGUCAUUACCAAUUCGCAAGGAGUAUAAAAAAAAUGUCAAAUAGUUAUUGAUGUUAUGAGAUCUAAAUUGAAUAUUUAAUUGGUUAAACAAACACAUAUUUAUUGAACGUAAACAAAUGAAGAAUUUAAAAUUCAAAAAUUAGUAAGUGAAAAAAGAAGCUUUCUCAGAGAAGGACAAAAAUUUGUAGUAAAAAAUAUUCAUCAACAAUUCAUCAGGUAAAAAAAAAUCCAUGUCAUCAAUCAAAUAUUAGAGAAAAAAAUCAUUACGACCAAAAAAUUGAAAUUAUUAAUUGUUGUUGAUCAUCAGAAUUGUAUCAAGAAACUAUU